CAGCAGCAUUUCAAACCAGUCUCCAACUCCAGUAACCAGUAGUCAAGCUCCAACUAUAAUUACCAGUAGUCAAUCUCCAAUGCGUCCUGGCGCACCAGGUCCUACUGGACCGGUUCCCAGCAGAUCUUCACCUACGACUACACCUACACCCAAUGCUGCUGCUGUCCAAAGCAUUUGCCUUAAAAAUUUAGAAUUGCUUAUUAUUUCUUUUGUUGCUUUAUUAAGUGGCAGUUUAUUAUAUUAA